AUUGUUUUUUUUGUUGUUGAAGACAUCCAACGAUAACAAUGGUUGCAAAAACAUCGACAUUAGGUUUUGAACAGACAUUGAUGUAUGGCCAGUAUCGGGAAGAUCUCGGAGAGUAUGCUAAAAGACAGGCAAAAAAGUUGAACAGAGUUAGGAAAAGUGAGGAAAAAAUUUUAGCCCAAAAAGUGUUGAAAAAGUCUGUCUGGAAAAGACAUAUAACAGGAUAUCUAUCGUUUAUAUGGAAAAAAACGUUUGCCCGUAUUGGCGAGGACUGGGUGUUUUUGGCACUGUUAGGCGUUAUUAUGGCACUGUUAAGUUUUAUUAUGGACUAUUGUAUACAUGUUUGCUCAAAGACAAGGAUAUGGCUAUACGAUGACCUAACCGGUGAUAAUAUAUGGAUAAAAUUCAUAGCAUGGGUCACAAUGCCUGUCCUCUUAAUACUGUUUUCAAGCGGAUUUGUACACAUAGUUUCGCCACAGGCGGUUGGUUCGGGUAUUCCCGAAAUGAAAACUAUUUUGAGAGGUGUUAUACUCAAUGAGUAUCUAACGUUUCGGACAUUAGUAGCCAAAAUGAUAGGUCUUACCUCAACAUUGGGUAGUGGACUACCCCUCGGAAAGGAGGGCCCUUUCGUGCACGUGGCCUCAAUAGUGGCCACUUUGUUGUCAAAAUUGAUUACAUCGUUCAAAGGCAUCUACGAGAAUGAGUCGCGAACCGGCGAAAUGUUGGCCGCCGCCUGUGCCGUCGGUGUGGCCUCGACAUUUUACGCACCAAUCGGGGGCGUCCUAUUUUCCAUUGAGGUCACUUCGGUAUUUUUUGCUGUCCGCAACUAUUGGCGCGGGUUUUUCGCUGCCUGUUGUGCGGCGUCUGUCUGGCGGCUGCUGGAGGUCUGGUCCAAGGAUGAAGAGGCGAUUACCGCCUUAUUUAAGACACAUUUCAGAGCCGACUUUCCCUUUGAUCCGCAAGAGUUAUUUGUAUUUUCGUUGAUUGGCGUGGCCUGUGGUUUCGGCGGAGCCGCUUAUGUGACACUACACCGAAAAGUGGUCAACUUUUUCCGGACACGCAAAAGUCUGAGCAAUUUUCUACAGAAAAACCGUUUCCUAUAUCCCGGAUUAGUAACAUUAUUAUUGACAUCGAUAUCGUUUCCACAAUUUUUGGGUCAAUAUAUGGCAACUCAGCUAUCAACACACGACUCAAUACAGGAGAUGUUUAGUAACAUAACGUGGGGUCACAACCAUUCAGAUCCGGUUCGGCUGAAAAUGGUUUACCACUGGUCGACACCCCAAACAUCCAUCUAUUUUAAUCUAUCAUUUUAUAUAAUAAUGACUUUUUGGAUGUCGAUCCUUGCAUCUACCAUUCCCGUACCCAGCGGUACAUUCAUACCCGUAUUCAAAAUUGGUGCCGCUUUUGGCCGAUUAGUCGGUGAAUUCAUGGCCUAUUUGUUUCCGAUGGGCAUAUCGUUUGGCGGCUCUAGAAAUCCUAUAGUGCCCGGAGGUUAUGCAGUAGUGGGUGCUGCAGCAUUUUCAGGUGCCGUCACCCAUACGAUCAGUACUUCGGUAAUAGUAUUUGAAUUGACCGGUCAGAUGACACAUAUCAUACCCGUAAUCAUAGCCGUACUGAUAGCCAAUGCCAUAUCACAGACACUGGAGCUAUCCAUUUAUGAUUCAAUUAUCGAAAUCAAAAAACUACCGUUUCUGCCGCCCAUACUAUCGACGUCAUCGGCCGCCCAUCAUAUAUACGUCAAAGAUAUUAUGGUCAGGGAUGUGGCCUGUAUUUGGCGUAACUGUACCUACAGGGACAUCAAAAACUUGUUACGCGAUCACCGAAAGCUACAGUCGUUUCCGUUGGUCGAGGACAGCGACAAUAUGAUACUGUUGGGUAGCGUCCAGCGCCGUAGUCUAUCGCAUCUGGCCAGUCAACGGCUGAGCCGUGAUCGGCGGCUGCAGGAAGUCAGGCGCCGAUACUCUAUACAGGAUACGCUGAUGAUGGCCGCCGAAAAAGCGGCUGCGGCGGCCACACAGUCACAGGUCAACAACAACAACGAUGGUGGUCAGUAUCAGCAGCAGCCGUCGCCCAACAACACCAACAAUAAGGCACCGCUAAUACCGAAAGAUAGUAAUACACCGGCUGUUAGGCGAAUGUCCCGAUUUGAGGUAACACCAGUUCAUCAGCCACUGACUGCUGGUGGUGGGGGUGGUGGGGGUACGGGUACGGCUACCAGUGCAGCCGGUAAUCGACCGUCRCCUCGGCAACCGGUCAAAUCAAUUUUAAAACAUACCGUUUCAUUCACUUAUUCGCCGCACUCGACGGUUACCUAUACGACAGCCCAGGAUUCCCGUUUACGGCACGCGUUUGAAAAUAUAUUUCUCAAAAGUCUUAAACUUCAAGACGCAAAUCCAGAUAAGAGUGAAAAUUCGGAUAAUAAACCUCAACGUCCMGUUCCCUCRCAUAACUUGCACCGGAGGGUCCAAUUACCUCGGGAACGGGUGAUCGACAUGUCUCAGGAGGAACAGGCCGUCUGGGAGGAGGAACAGUUAAACUCGAUGGUCGACUUUAGCACCUGCCAGAUUGAUCCGGCACCAUUUCAAUUGGUCGAAAAAACGACCUUGCUGAAAGUUUAUUCAAUAUUUUCGAUGUUGGGUCUGACCCAUGCCUACGUAACAUCCAUUGGCCGAUUGGUCGGUGUAGUGGCGCUCAAGGAUCUGAGGAUAGCCAUCGAACAGAUGAAUCAGGGAAUACUGGUACCGGUGCCCAACCAAUCCGUCCAAAUUACCGAUCCGACCGGCAUUAUUAUCAAUGGCAAUGGCCUCCGAUCAUCCGAAUCGGAUAUCCAUUACGAAGAUACUAUAACAUCGGUGGCCACUAACGACUCUGAGUUUACUACUAGCCGUGACCGUGACCGUGACGGAGGAAAGUCGGUCAGAGAUAAGGAGGAAAUGGAGACACACACUGUCUGAUUGAUUAAUUAAUUAGUUUUUUUUGUUUGUUGGCAAUAACUGGUCA